AUGACCACUGAAACUGACGCUAACAAUAACCAAUUGCCCUCCACAGAUGAGUACCACUCGAAGAAGGUAAGCCCUCCACCGACACGGUCCGGCGUCAACUACAUCAACGUUGAAGAUGAAGACCAGAUGGAAAUCUAUGGCUACACGCCGAACUUCGCCAAAACGCUGCUCACCUGGACGCUCAUUCUUCUGACCGGCGGCCUGCUGCGACUGCUCUUUCACUGGAAACCCCACUGGAUGCUCCUCUGUACACACAACCUCUGCUCACUUGAAUACGCCAAGAAGGUUCUGCUCAUUGACCACUUUCACCAAAAGUUCACCGAGACGGUGGUCUGCCUUUCCAAUGACCGCCUUUCCUAUCACAAUGCCCACGGAGCCGCUGCGGCCGCUGCAGACCAGCAGAACACCUCCACCACCAGCGCCACAGCCGUCGGCGACGACCCCGAGGACCAGCACUGGAUCACCGUACCGCGCCCGUACGGCGUCUUUGAGCACGUCAGCUCGAUUACCUACUUUGAGAAUAAGAAGGUCCGCUACAUCUGGGACCGCAAUGCGAAGGAGUUCCUCAAGCUGGGCGGCCUCGACCGGGAGAUCAAGUGCACCUACUUCUACCAGCAGAAGGGCCUGUCGGCGGAGCACCAGCGCCGCCGCCAGGUCGUCUACGGCCUCAAUCAGAUUGUCGUCACCGUCCAAUCGGUCUACGGCAUUCUCAUCUCCGAGGUCCUGGAACCGUUCUACAUCUUUCAGAUCUUCAGCCUGGUCAUCUGGUCCUUUGACGCGUACUACUACUACGCCAGCUGCAUCGUCAUCAUGUCGGCGCUUAGUCUCACCUCCAGCGUCAUUCAGACGCGACGAAAUCAGAAGCAGCUGCGGGACACCGUCCAGGGCACUGACUCGGUGAUGGUGUACCGAGGGGGAGAAGGCGGUGGAGGUACUGGGGCGGACAACUACGAGAAGGUGGAGUCCUCGCAGCUGGUCCCCGGCGACAUCAUCGAGGUGCCCUCCUUUGGCUGCAUUAUGCAGUGCGACGCAGUAUUAAUCUCCGGCAAUGUGAUCAUCAACGAGGCGAUGCUCACUGGGGAAAGUGUCCCAGUGACCAAAACGCCGCUGCCCAGCACCACCCUGCACAUGCUCUACGACUCGAAGGAGCACGCGAAGCACACGCUCUUCUGCGGCACAAAGGUCAUCCAGACGCGGUACUACAACAAUGUGAAGGUGCGCGCCGUCAUCAUUCGCACCGGCUACCAGACGGCCAAGGGCGAGCUGGUGCGCUCCAUCAUGUUCCCCAAGCCGGUGGACUUUAAGUUCAACCGCCACAUUCACCAGUUUAUCGGAUUUCUCUCCUUUCUGGCACUGAUUGGCUUCGUCUACACCAUCAUCCUCAAGGCCUAUCGGGGCGUGUAUUUAACUCAAAUCAUGCUGAAGGCGCUGGACCUGAUCACGAUCAUCAUUCCGCCGGCGCUGCCCGCCGCCAUGACCAUCGGCGUGGUCUUUGCGCAGUCUCGCCUCCGCAAGGCGGAGAUCUUCUGCAUCUCGCCGCGCUCCAUCAACAUCAGCGGCUGCAUCAACUGCGUCUGCUUCGACAAGACGGGCACGCUGACGGAGGACGACCUGAACUUCAGCGAGGUGGUGCCGGUGGCGGAGACGGCCGCCGGCCUCCGCCUCUCCGCCGCCGUCCACCACCCGGUCACCGGGCUGGAGUACGGCCCGCUGAUGAUCAGCCUCGCCGUCUGCCACUCGCUGACGCUGAUUGAGGGGAAGAUCAUCGGCGACCCGCUCGACCAGAAGAUGUUCGCCGCCACGGAGUGGAUUCUCGAGGAGCCGGACGUCAACGACACCACCAAGUACGACCUGCUGGCGCCGACGGUGGUCAAGCCGCCGACCGAUUCUGCCGACAAGGAGGUGGGCAUCCUCCGGCAGUUUCCCUUCAGCAGCAGCCUCCAGCGGAUGAGCGUCAUUGCGCGCCAGGUGCGGGGCACGCAGUUUGAGCUGUACGCGAAGGGCGCCCCCGAGAUGAUCCAGUCGCUCUGUGAUCCGAGGUCGCUUCCGGCGGACUUUUCCGCCCGCCUGCAGGAGUACACGGAGAAGGGCUACCGCGUGCUGGGCCUCGCCUACCGGCCGCUCGCCUCGAUGAACUACAGCAAGGUGCAGCGGGCCGCCCGCGAGGACCUGGAGAAGAAUCUCACCUUUGUGGGGCUGCUGGUGAUGGGCAACAUGCUGAAGCCGGAGACGACGCACGUCAUUGAGACGUUGCUGAUGGCGAACAUUCGCUCGGUGAUGGUCACCGGCGAUAAUAUGCUGACGGCACUGAGCGUCGCCCGCGAGUGCUCCAUGAUUCAGCCCUGGCACAAGGUGAUCCUCCUCGAGGACGGACCAGGGCUGGGAGCGGCGGAGAGCGAGGGAGAGGAGGCCGUGCCGACGAUCCGCUGGAAGUUCGCCAACUCGAUGGCGCACAUUCCCGACAUCAACUUUAAGCUGGCCUCGGCGGAGGACCGCGACCGCAUUCACAUUGCCGUCACCGGGCGGACCUUCAAGGUGCUGCGCGAGCACUACCCCGAGGUGCUGAAGAAGGUGGCCGUCAGGGGGACGGUCUUUGCGCGGAUGGCCCCAGAGCAGAAGCAGCAGCUGAUUGAGCUGCUCCAGGAGCUGGGCUACUACGUGGGCAUGUGCGGCGACGGCGCCAACGACUGCGGCGCCCUCAAGGCGGCUCACGCCGGCGUCUCGCUCUCCGAGACGGAGGCCUCCGUGGCGUCGCCCUUCACCUCGAAGCAGCCGAACAUUGGCUGCAUUCCGACGCUGAUUCAGGAAGGUCGUGCCUCCAUCGUCACCGCCUUUGGCAUUCUCAAGUACAUGGCCUGCUACAGUCUGACGCAGUUCAUCUCUGUGAUAAUUCUCUACACUUUUUAUUCAAACUUAACCGACAAAGAGUUCCUCUACAUUGACCUCUUCCUCAUCACCCUCUUUGUGACGCUGUUUGGCCGUAACAAGGCCUUCAAGCAGCUGAACCGCAAUCCGCCGCCGUCCUCGCUCAUUGGCCUUACCCCGCUGUCUUCCAUUGUGCUGCAGAUUCUGCUGGUGCUGCUGAUGCAGGCAUUCGUCGUCGACUACCUGCUCUUCAAGAAGCUCAAGCAGUGGUUCGCCUUCCUGGCGCCCAGCCACCUGCCCUACGAGAAGAUUGAGGGCGAGACGCGCAACAACACCCUCUGGCUGCCCAAUCCGCCGCAGAACACGCCCAUUCUGGAGCGAACCACCACCAGCAGCCUCUCCACUACGACCACCAGCGAUGCCAGCUCCAAUCACUCUCGGCUGGGGCCACUGGGAGGCGAUGGCAGCGGUAGUCAUGUGGUGCUCAACGGCUCGGCGGCGCAUCACCGCGGUCCUCAUCAGCAGCAGCAGCGACUGGACGGCGGCAGUGACCACCUGCAGCAGGCGACCUCCCAGUUCAGUAUCGUCUAA